AUGGAAGUUCAACAACAUGAAGCACUUUCUGAAAACAAUGAGGCCAAACCGGAUGAAGUUUCUUAUUCAGAUUCGGAUUCAGAUAGCGGAGUCACUGACGACGAGGAUGAUAGUGAGGAUGAGGAUGGUGAUGUUGAGGAGGGUGAUGAAAUUAAUAAUGGUUGCAGAAGUUCUGAUAGGAAUGACGGUUCUGUGCGUGGUAAAACUGCUGCGCUUCAGGCUAACGAGCUACGUGUACUCUGGAAGGAUGAAUCUGAGUCCACACAGAAUUUCAGUGACGUAGAAGUUAUUGAUCGUGGAUUUUUGCAUGGUGAUUUUGUAGCUGCUGCCUCUGAUCCUACUGGGCAAGUGGGUGUUGUGGUUGAUGUCAAUAUAACUGUGGAUUUGUUGGCCCAUGAUGGAUCCGUGGUAAAAGAGGUCUCAUCAAAAGACUUGAAGCGUAUUAGAGAAUUCACUGUUGGUGAUUAUGUGGUGCUCGGGCCUUGGUUAGGAAGAAUUGAUGAUGUUUUGGAUAAUGUGACUGUCUUAUUUGAUGAUGGUUCAGUUUGUAAAGUCUCCAAAGCAGAUCCAAUGAAUCUUAAACCGAUUUCAAAGAAUAUUCUUGAAGAUGGGCAUUUCCCUUAUUACCCGGGGCAACGUGUAAGGGCCAAGUCUUCAUCAAUCUUCAAGAUGGCUAGAUGGCUGUCUGGCUUGUGGAAAGCAAACAGGUUAGAAGGCACUGUCACCAAUGUUACAGUUGGAUCAGUGUUUGUUUAUUGGAUAGCAUCUGCAGGUUACGGGCCAUUUUCUUCUACUGCCCCAGCUGAGGAGCAGAGUCCCAAAAACUUAAAAUUGUUGUCUUGUUUUGCUCAUGCAAAUUGGCAAUUGGGUGACUGGUGUCUCUUACCCUCAUCUGCGCUGUCAUCCUCUGUUUCCGUAAACAAAAGCAAAUCUAAAUCGCAACAUAGUGACUCUGUUAACAUUGACUUAGAUUCUAAUCAAACAGAAAGUGGGUGUGAUUCAGAAGAAGCUACAGUUGAGGAAUCAUAUGGGAAUGAGGAUGCUAUGGACCUUGACUCAGCAGGUGGUUUGAUAGGGAGUGGUGGAGAUGAUAGAAAUAAUCCUUCACACGAAUCUAGCUCAUGCGGUAGUUCUAUCUCAGUAUCAAAGGACCCUGUCCAUGAAGCUUGGCCUCUUCAUCGCAAGAAAAUAAGGAAAGUUGUCAUCAGGAAAGAUAAAAGAGCCCGGAAGAAAGAGGAAAGCUUCGAAAAAGCCCUUAUGAUUGCCAACACUAGGACAAGAGUUGAUGUUUCUUGGCAGGAUGGAACGAUAGAGCGUGAACUAGAUUCUACAAGUUUAAUUCCUAUUGAUACUCCUGGUGAUCAUGAAUUUGUUUCAGAACAAUAUGUUGUAGAGAAAACCUCUGAUGUUGGUGAGGAUAAUUGUGAAACUAGCCGAGUUGGGGUUGUGAGAAGUCUUAAUGCCAAGGAGCGGACAGCUUGUGUGAGGUGGAUAAAACCAGCUGCCAAGGCAGACGAUCCCCGGGAAUUUGACAAAGAGGAAAUUGUAAGUGUCUAUGAGCUAGAGGGCCAUCCAGAUUAUGAUUACUGCUACGGGGAUGUGGUUGUUAGACUAUCACCUGUGUCUGUCGGUGUAGAAGCUUCUGUUGGAGAGUCAACUGAGAAAUCAGAGCUGGAGAAUGAGAAGAGUGGAAUUAUAAAGGUAGCGUCAACCCAGUCAACCCAAACAAGAACUUUGUCAGCCCAGUCAACCCAACCAAGAACUUUCUCAACCCAGUCAACCCAAACAAGAACUUUGUCUGGUGAAACUGAUGUUGAGUUUUCAGACCUCUCCUGGGUUGGAAAUAUAACUGGCCUUAAGAGUGGUGAUAUUGAAGUUACUUGGGCUGAUGGGAUGAUAUCGACGGUUGGGCCUCAAGCAAUUUAUGUGGUUGGUAGAGAUGAUGAUGAUGAGUCAAUUGCUGCAGGGAGCGAUAUAAGUGAUGCUGCAAGUUGGGAAACCGUCAAUGAUGAUGAAAUGGAAGUCCUAGAGGAUUCGAGAGAGGAUGUUAAUAAGGACAAUUCAAGCGUCGCUUCUGAAGCAGAAGAGAAUGGAGAGAGAGAUUUGGGUAGGACUGCAGCACUUUCUGUCCCGCUGGCAGCAAUUCGGUUCGUCACUAGACUUGCCUCUGGAAUAUUCUCCAGGGGACAAAGGAACUUUGAUCCUGGUCACGUGCCGUCAAAUGGCAGCAAGAGUUUUAAAAUCGAGGAGUCUGUUAUUCCAGGAGGAGCUGAAAAUGUGGAAGCAUCUGAGACACUGUGCAGCUUGAAGAAUGAAGAUGCUCCUGCAAGUUGUGACAAUGAUGCUUGCAGUUUGAAACAUUUUGACAUGGUUACAGAUCCGUUAGACCAUUAUUAUAUUGGCGCAAAUGGACAGAGGAACAACCGAAAAUGGUAUAAGAAGGUGCAACAAGAUUGGGGAAUACUACAAAAUAACCUUCCUGAGGAAAUUUUUGUACGGGUUUAUGAAGAUAGAAUGGAUCUUUUGAGAGCAGUAAUUGUAGGGCCAUUCGGGACCCCUUACCAAGAUGGGCUAUUUUUCUUUGAUUUUCACCUUCCGCCAGAGUAUCCUGAUGUUCCACCGUCAGCAUACUAUCAUUCAGGUGGUUGGCGGAUUAACCCUAAUUUGUACGAGGAGGGGAAGGUUUGUCUUAGCCUUCUCAAUACAUGGACAGGCAGAGGAAAUGAAGUCUGGGAUCCAAAAUCUUCUAGCAUCCUUCAAGUUCUAGUUUCACUACAAGGGCUAGUACUCAACUCGAAGCCUUACUUCAAUGAAGCUGGAUAUGAUAAGCAAACUGGAACAGCCGAAGGAGAGAAGAAUUCAUUGUCAUACAAUGAGAAUACAUUUUUACUGAACUGCAAGACCAUGAUGUAUCUCAUACGGAAGCCUCCCAAGGAUUUCGAAGUACUUAUUAAAGAACAUUUUAAGAGGCGUGGUUAUUACAUCCUCAAAGCUUGUGAUGCAUACAUGAAAGGUUACUUGAUUGGUUCGUUGAAUAGAGAUGCGUCCGUGAGUAAUAAUAGCAGUCCGAAUUCAACUUCGGUUGGUUUCAAGCUGAUGUUAGCCAAGAUAGUGCCAAAACUUUUCUUGGCACUUAGCGAAGUUGGGGCUGAUUGCGAGGAAUUUAAGCAUUUGAAAGAGUUGUAA